UGGUUUCAAGUUUGAACUGACAGUACACGAGAAUGUCGAGGUGCUUCUUGCUUGCCGUGGUGGUCGCGGUGGCGCUGGCAGCGGCACUAGUGCGUGGCAUCCCGUUCACGGAGAAAGACUUGGCUUCGGAGGAGAGCCUCCGGGAGCUGUACGAGCGGUGGCGGAGCCACUACACGGUGGCGCGGCGGGGCCUGGAGGAGGACGUCGACGGCAGGGCGCGCCGGUUCAACGUGUUCAAGGAGAACGUGCGGUACAUCCACGAGGCAAACAAGAAGAACCGGCCGUUCAGGUUGGCUCUGAAUAAGUUCGCCGACUUGACGACGGACGAGUUUCGGCGGACGUAUGCCGGGUCCAGGGUGCGGCACCACCGGGCCCUGAGUGGCGGCCGGCGGGCCGAGGGGAGCUUCAUGUACGCAGACGCCGGGGACCUGCCGCCGGCGGUUGACUGGCGGCAGAGGGGUGCUGUCACCGGCGUCAAGGACCAGGGCCAGUGCGGGAGCUGCUGGGCGUUCUCGACGAUCGCGGCAGUGGAGGGUAUCAACAAGAUCAGGACAGGGAAGCUGGUGUCCCUGUCGGAGCAGGAGCUCAUGGACUGCGACGACGGCGACAACCAAGGCUGCAACGGCGGGCUGAUGGACUACGCGUUCCAGUUCAUCAUGAAGAAUGGGGGGAUCACCACCGAGUCCAACUACCGCUAUCUUGCUGAGCAGGGGAGAUGUAACAAGGAGAAGGAAGGCUCCCAUGACGUGACAAUAGAUGGCUAUGAGGAUGUCACUGCCAAUGACGAGAAUGCUCUACAGAAAGCCGUUGCAAACCAGCCCGUGGCAGUUGCAAUAGAGGCUAGCGGCCAAGAUUUCCAGUUCUACUCAGAGGGUGUCUUCACUGGAAGCUGCGGCACAGACCUUGACCAUGGAGUUGCCAUCGUUGGGUACGGCACAACUCGGGAUGGCACCGAAUAUUGGAUCGUGAAGAACUCAUGGGGUAAGGACUGGGGUGAGAUGGGCUACAUCAGAAUGCAGCGUGGGGUGUCAGACUCCCAAGGCCUGUGUGGUAUUGCAAUGGAGGCAUCUUACCCAACUAAGUCAGCACCACACGGUGCUAUCAAGGAAGAAGAUCUUAAAGAUGAGCUCUAGAUCGAUGGACAUAGCUCCCUUUGUAGUCCUCUUUGUUGAAGGAGAAGUGGAUCCUCUUUCGUUAUGUUGUAAGGCAAAAUGUUACUGAACGAAUUGAACAAAAUAAAUAAAUAGAAGUACAAAAGUUAAAUAAGUUCCAGGAAAGGAACUAUAAAGGGUUUUCAUAA